GGUCCCCAGCGUAAAAGAAAAAAAUUUAAAAAAACUUAAAAAACGGGGCUGCUGGCACCUCUAAGGGCUUUUUUUUUUAUUUUUUUUUUUUAAUUACCACCCCGAGGUGCCCCAGGUCCCUUAAACCUUAUUCCGUGGGCAUCCCGGCAAAUGCGCUGCCUGUGGGCACGGCUUCACCAGCACCCUGUGUGUGUGUGUGUGUGUGUGUGCGCGUGUCUCUGUGUCUCACCACGUCCCCGGGCUCCAGGGGAUUCCAGCAGAAUUUACUUUAUAUGGUGAGAACGUCCCUCCUGGAAGAAGUCUUUUAGAUAAAAUAAGAAAGCGUUCUGUAAACUUAAUAUUCCCCUACUGCCAGCAGCUGAAUGGCGUGGGCAGAGGUGAUGGGAUGUACUCGCCUGAGUGUAGUACACUGGGGAGUCUAAACUAUUGGGAAUGUAAAAUUAUACAACGUUCUGUUGAAGAAACUGCUUGAAAAAGCCAAAUAAAUGAAAAAAAAAACCACCCCACACCACAAACAAACCCACCCCACCACAAAACCAACAAAUAGCUCAGCCAGCAGAAAGCUCCUCAGAAAAAUGGUUUGUUAAAGCGCAGAAAUACUGAGUGACAAGAAAAUUGCCCUUUUGUAAUAGCUGGUUAUUUUGUACACUUAGUUGUCAUCUAAAGUUAAAACAGUCUUUAAGAAGUGAUUAAGUUCCGAGUUGCACAAUAUUAAAUGCCAGGCUCCAAAACAAGUCAACGCAAGAUUAAAUCUCAGGCUUCUAUCUAGGAAAGCCAUAAAUGGGUUGUUACACCCAAAAAAACUUAUAACACUGGUCCCUCUCCUCAAAAAUAGCAGUAGGACAUUUUUUUUUUUUUUCUUUGCACAACUAAUGGGCAGCAGCAGGGUUAUUUGUCUGUUUGUGGGUGGUGGCUGCACUUGUGAACCUGUUGGUGUUCUUGUCAGGUAACCUCUACAGCAGACACAUCCAGGUAGAUGGAGAGAUGCUGGCCAUCCAAGUGCAAGACACUCCUGGAGUUCAGAUCCACGAGCACAGUCUGGACUGUAACGAGCAGCUGAACAGAUGCAUUCGCUGGGCAGAUGCCCUGGUGAUUGUCUUCUCCAUCACAGACUAUAAGAGCUAUGAACUACUCAGUCACCUCUACCACCACGUUCGGCAGUUGCACCCAGGAAACGCGGUCCCCGUGGUCAUCAUAGCCAACAAAGCUGACCUCUUGCACAUCAAGGAGGUGGAGCCUCAGCACGGACUUCAGCUGGCCAACAUGCUGGGCUGCACUUUCUACGAAGUGUCCGUCAGCGAAAACUACAACGAUGUCUUCAACGCCUUCCACCUCCUCUGCAAAGAAGUCAGUAAACAGCAAACCACCAGCACCCCCGAGAGAAGGAGAACCUCCCUCAUCCCUCGGCCGAAAUCGCCCAACAUGCAGGACCUGAAGAGGAGGUUUAAGCAAGCGCUGUCUGCCAAAGUGAGGACCGUCACUUCUGUUUGAUGGCGGAGCUGCUGGUAUGCCCAGGGCUCAGCCUGAGACUGAAACCCGGGGUGUUUGACACUGGCACGUGUAGAGCCUGAGGCAUGGGGACAGAAGGCUGGUUCAGGCAGCCUUUUCCUUGGCUGUAGGAACAAGCGGUCGCUUAAAAAAAGGACCAGCGGCAGAUUGGAAAAGGGGGGGAAAGAAAUGAACCCCAAACUCUUGAAAUGGUUUGAAGAUGUGACUUGUAGAACAAGUAUUUUCAUUUGGAAAAGGAACUUUCCAGUAAAUGAAACAAGCCUUCAGUUUGCCUUUUCUCCAACGGGACAGAUUUGACUUAACCCUUGUGCAGAAACAGCUUUUUAGCUGUGACUCUCAACUCCUUGUACUUGAGCAGGGAAACACCCUGAACUGCAGGUCACUGUUCAGAAGUAACCACUCCAGUCUUGUUUUUCACUUGGAUGAAGGACAGCAUGAUGUAUCUGUUUAAUUUUAUUGCACAGUAGAACUGUUCAUUUCCCUUGUAUUUCAAAACAAACGAGCAAACACUUUACAAAUUCUGUUAAGAAAAAAAAAAGUGUAAAAUAAGUGGAUACCACUGAGUAUCAAGACUGUAAACAAUGGCCCUUUAUUUUUUUACUAGCUGUGUUAUUGCUGACAACUUGACCAGACUCCUUGUAUGCAAAACUGUUGUCCACAGGGUGUAAACGUAUCUAAUUACAAAUAACUUGUGGGGUUUUUAUACUGUCGGGGGAGGCGGGGGGGAGGGAAAUACUGUCCAGACUAAAUGAUCCAACAGCUUUUGAGGAAUGAGUGUGGAGCUGGAGGGGUCGUCCAUUACAUCUUCUGCUGGUGUAAGACACUUCUCUCUGUGCACCAUGGGUGCAGAAGGAAGGUGGCUGUGACCCAGGUGGGUGUGAAACCCCACUGGCUCCAGGUGAUGAAGCUGGUGGCUUGUUCUGAGCUGAGCCAGGCCGUUUGUCCUUAGACACGUGUGGCAGACUUAUAUCUAACUCUUCUUUUUUUUAAUUAUUUUUAUUUUACAUUGAGCCAAUGGAGUUCACAGGCUAAAGGCCUUACACAUAUGCACUUUAAAAAGCCAGUUGUGCUUUUUGUUUAAACUGUAACUUAUUUAUUUUGUGUACAGUUGCUCCUCAUGGGGAGUGGACUUUUCCUUCUUACUGCCUGGUUCAACAUUAAAUUUUUGAAUUGCA